AUGGCCGAAUCCCGUUCGUAUCACCCCGGAGUUACGAGUGAUAAUGGGGUGGAUUUGGAGGACCCGUUUGUUUCCCAUACGGCGGUCGGAAACUACUCCCAACCACACCGCUAUACGUCUUUUGAUACACAUUUCUUCUCGUUAAAUGCUUCUUCUACUCUGCAAAUAAAGCGCGCCCUCGAGGCGCAUUUGGCGGAGACGGAGCGCAGAUUACAAGAAACGUCCAAGCUUGGCACAUCUUUAGUGGAGCAGCAGAGAGAGCUCUCGGAGAAGUUGGGGGAAGUCGAAAGACAACAGGCAGACGGGGAAAUUGGCCCUGAUCUACGGCAACGAUUGCAGGACCUGGAGAAGGAGUACAAUGAGAUAGGGCGAGAGACUGCAAGGGUUGCUCUUGGACCUAGGAUGAGGGCAAUGGGCCAGGACGACGGCUUAACCACGCCCUCAUUGGAUUCUCGUCACCACGCGAGCCCGUCCGUAUUCUCUAGCCAGGCCACCAAUUCGCCUUCGAAAGUAUCAGUUCCAUCCCGUAAGCAGCGCAACCAGCCAUCGACCCGGGUCCACGACAUAGAAUUUGCGACCGAAAUUAGUACGUCUCUACUCGCUCAGGUCCGCCAAUUACAAAUACUCCUUGCGGAGCGAGAAGAAACAGUGAAAGCAUUAAAUCUUGAGAAAUCUCGUCUUGAACUUGAAGCUGAAGGGUUUACACAGCGACUCAGAUCCCUUGACGAGAGUGAACAGCGCUAUAAAGAUGAAAACUGGGGCUUGGAAACACAGACUCAUGAGCUUCUAGCUGCUGCAAAGGAAUCAUCAGACCGGGAAAGUCGCCUAACUACCAGCCUAAAUGCACUCGCGAUUGAAAAGAGCAACAUUCAGCGGGAGCUAGAUGAACUCAAACAAGCUCACGGUAAACUCACUGAAGAGAAUCUCACAGCCCAGAAGACAUAUGAUUCUGAACUUCAUAUUUUGCGUCGCAACGUAAAUCUUGGGGAAACUGAGCGCAAAUCCCUUCAACAUAAAGUUGAAGAGCUAGCAGGGCAAAACCAGGAACUUGCUAAAGCUGUUGCGGCAAAACUCCGUCAUAAUGAGACAGAUUUUGGUAAGAAUCUCACUUUGGAAGAAGAAAACAAAAAGUCAGAUGAAUCAACACCUGAGAAUUCGCCGCCCCCGUCACCAAACAAGCCAACACCACGUCAUGGACAUCUAGAGUCGGAGACUCUGAAAAGCUCAUUACAUCAUGCUCACAGAAUGAUUCAAACUCUUAAAGGCACCAUCCAUAGGGAAAAAACAGAGAAAAUUGAGCUUAAGCGCAUGCUGCAAGAAGCAAGAGAUGAGCUGGAACAACGUCGUACAGAGCCUGCUCGGCCGCUAAGCUCCCACAACAGACGACAAAAGCAGAAAGCGGACGCCUUUAAGAAGCCACCGCGACCAGAGAUGCUUGGCGCCGGCAGAAGGGGAACUACCCAGAUAGAAGUCGCUGAGCCCGACUGGGAAGAUGAAUCUUUUGAACCAAGCCCCACUCGUGCUAUUCCCCCAAGCAGACGCCCUGUAUUUCAAUCUGGAAUGGACUCGGCUUCAGCAAGUGAUGCCUAUCAAACAGCGAAUGAAACUGAAGGAUUUGAGACUGCAAACGAACGCGAAACAGCCACUGAAAGUGAUGCCUUCCAAACCGGAGCCGAGAACUUUGUUGGCGACAGCAGCGACGAUCUUACUGAAACCGAAUCCCGGGCCGGCCGUACCGACACAAUUCGCGUCAAACGUCCUGGGCAAUUGCCUGCUAGCAGGCCUAUCUCUUUCGUCAGCACUGCUUCUACUUCUGGAGAUGAGGAUGAAUACACUGAGGUACGAACGCCUGUGCAAACUCAGCCCCCACGUUAUCGACUUAAGAUGAGCCGAGGGCGACGGAAUCGGGCCUCACAGGAAGUUCAUACGCGUCAGGGAAGUGUUCCACUGAGUCCCCGCGACUCACCUGCAAGCUUAAACAGCCCUCCUCAAAGUCCACAUCAAAGAACGGUAUCAGGUGGACAGAGUCUUUUCGCUGAGCUUGACGGCUUUGUUGGAGCCGGAAGCGAUGGCGAAUUCGGUGCACCCCUUCGCUCAAAUACAGCUUCGGAAGUCUCUACGCCGAGUCGUCGACAAAGCUUUGCAACUUUCCCAGAUUCAAGUCGCCCGUCUACUUCAAAACACAUUUCUAUGAUUGAUUCUUCUACGAUGACCGAACUCCUAACCAAUGUCGCCGAAGUUAAACACAUAGGAACGUCGACAGAAGCCCGAGAAUUCGCAGACGCCUCUACUACUUACGAAAGGGUUGUUCUCACCGACUCCGCUACCCAGGCUGCCCCAUCCGAACCUAGCUGCCGCUCCGAAAGUGAGAUUAUGACAACUCUUGAUAUACCCCCGAUACCGGUAUCAGAGAAACCACACCAUGACAGCCAUAUGGCUAUUGGGACUGUGCCUAUCCCCAUUGCUAUGUCCAAUGAACCAGCUACCCAAUCUGUCACACCUGAACCCAACUCCUAUUCGGAAAGUGGAAUCACGACAACUCUCGAUAUACCGCCAAUACUAGCAGCAGAGAAACCGCAAAAUAACGGCCAUAUGGCUGCUGGGGCUGUGCCAAUCCCCAUUCCUAUGUCCAAAAAAUCAGCCUCCCUUGCUAAUUCGUCCAUCUACUCUGAGCACACCAUUCCUUUAGCCACCACGCCAACCCAAGCCCAACAGCAGACCUCAUCCAUGGAAAUGCAACUAUCCCAAAUUACUUCUACGAAUACCGCACCUAUCGUUCCAGUCGAGCCCACUAAGUCUACAUCAGAACUAGUAAUAUCGUCCAUUCAUUCCACCUCUACCAUACCCACUGUCAUUGGCCCAUCGGAGCCACCAGUAUUAGAACUCUCCCCAAUAAUUACCUCGGGAACUCCGCCCCAGGAACCAAGUGUCUCAAUACCUACGGUUGAGCUAGCAUUAAGCCCGAUUCAGCACGCAGAAUCAACGCCGAAACGGCCAAUGACAGCAGUUCAAACAAGCGGCUCUCUUGGAGGUCUUCUAUUGGCUUCACAGAUACCAAGCCACAUUUCCUCUGGGCCUGUUGUGAAUGAUCGUGGUAUCCAACAUGGUAUUUCGACUUCAGAUAAGGGAGUUGACACUUCGCCAACAUCUAAGGUCGUGGAGUCUAAUGAGAGUCCCACGGUUCAAGCGGUACCUGCGGUAUCGGAAGUGCCAUCACGUCAGGCCGUGGAUACUUCCGAAGUAUCUGCACAAACUAUCCUAACCGGUGCUCAGAUCGACAAACUUUUGAUAGAACGUCAGAGCAGCCGUCCCGUGACUGCCAUUGAAAACAAACAGGCUCAAGAAGGCAUUUUGAGUACUCAAGCGUCCCCCUCCGCUACCCCCAAAGCGAAACAUCAGCAGCCUAGCCAGACUGGUGUUUUCCUCAACCCAGGUCACCCGGCUUCUAGAAGGCCUGGCAGCGCUGGUAGCCAACGCUUUAAUAGCUUCUCACAUCCACCUCUUCCUGUUGAUCAUAAGCAAGCUAUUGCUGCAGCUACUCAGAAAGUACCUUUGGAUAACUCAAUCUCUAUCAUGGGACCCCCAACUGCACCAGCAUCGUCUUAUCGCGGGGCUAGCAACACUCGACCCCAUACGCCAAAUGAUCAAACUAGCCGUGCGUCUGUCCGAAAUUUGACCACCCCUCGAACAAAUUUCAGGCGAACAAGUACUAGUAUGACCUCUCGUCGCUCUUCUGUAUCAUCUUUUGCCUCGGAACUGGACGAAAGGUUUAACUUGGCGAAAGGAGCCUACCCCUUUGACUCGGGCGCCGACCCUCGUAUGAUCCAAGCAAUUACACAGACGAUGAUUGGGGAAUUUUUGUGGAAGUAUACCCGAAAGCCAGGCAGAUCGGAUAUGUCUAAUACACGACAUCAAAGAUAUUUUUGGGUUCACCCGUAUACACGAACGUUAUAUUGGAGCACACAUGAUCCACAAGUUGCUGGAAAGAUGCAGCAUAAAGCAAAAAGUGUUGCUAUUGAGGCUGUUCGUGUCGUCAACGAUGAUAAUCCAUAUCCCCCUGGUCUUCACCGAAAAAGCCUGGAGAUCGUAACCCCUGGGCGUGUUAUCAAAUUCACAGCAGCUACGAGUCAGCGACAUGAAACAUGGUUCAAUGCUCUUUCCUACCUUCUAAUUAGAACGGCUGACGGUGAGAGCAAUGAUGAAGACGGUGGUUGGGAAGCCAGUAGCGAAAUUAAUUCCACAAACGGCCGUGUUUCCCGACAAGCUGAGUCUCGCAGAUCGGUUUCUUCUCGUAAUAGCCAUACUACUCGUGCGAUUUCGAAGCAGUUCAUUGAAGUGACACCUACUCUCCGCCGACCAAUCACCCCGAACCAGGCUUCUCCAUCAAUAUCCAGCCGCCCGGGGUCAUCUCUGCGCCAUGAGCAGAAUAGACAGGGCUCUGUAUCAAGAAUGAGCGGUGUAUUGAGGCCAUCAGGAAUAAAAUCAACGUUUUCUAGCCGGCGAAGUAGAUACGGAAAUGCCAACACGAGCAUUGACACUACCAGUGCCGCUAGCAAUGACAGUGCUGAGGAUUUUAGACGGGUGAUUGAAAGGCAAGAGAGAGACGCUGAUCGACUAGAGAAUGUGCGGGCUUGCUGUGACGGCAAACACGAUGUCAGUUCGCUACCAAGAACAAGUCGGUAUAGUAGUCGACUUAGCCCUCUAACAAACGCCCAUACCUAA